UUUAUUAAUAGCUUGAUGAAAAUGUUUGAUGUAAUUAUGAAUAUAUGUGAUUAUUGUAAUAUUUUUAUUUUAAAGUUUUUAAUUUUUAUUAAUUUUUUUGUUGUUUUUUUCUAUUUUUAUUUUAUUGGUUGUUGUUGUUGUAUUUCCUUUAUUUAGCGGUUGGCUUUAAAGUCAAAAAAUCCUGAACUUCCUCUAGGUUUUCCAAAAUUCGGUUGAAAACCAAAGUAUUAAAAACCGUAUUCACUCCGAUCUCUUUUGUAGUUAUUUCCACCUUCUUAUUUUCUUUAGCUUUAAUUUUUUCCAUUUUAUCCUUUUUGUCCUUUUCAUCUAUAUAUCCCACAACUGGACGUCUAACUGGUGACAUAGAAUAUUCUCGCGUUUUAAAACCUCUAGCGACGAAUUCCUCAUCAAAAUCCUUUUGUCGAGAUUUCAUUUUCUCUUGAUAUUUUCCCAAUUUUAUUAAUUUUUCUUCUUCUUCUUUCUCCUUUAUUAUUUUCUUCUUAUCCUCGGGUAACUCUUCAGGAACUACGUCAUCUGUUUUAUCAACCACUGCUCUUUGUACCACUCGGCUAGCAAAUUUUAUGAAGUCACUAACACCAGUCUUUUCCUCUUUUGGCUUAGUAUCUACUUUAUUUUUAGUUUCGGUUUCUCUAGGCUUCUUUUUCUCAUCAUCCAGUUUCUUCUUUUCUAUUUUAGCUUCAGAUCUCAUUUUUACUUCCUUCCUGGGGUUUUCCUUUGAUUUUUUUUGGUUUACUUCAGUUUCAGCCCCCUCUCUUGUUUGCUUCUUUUCGUUUUUUCUCCCUUUCUUCUUCUCUUUCCGCUCCUUUUCUAAUGCUUUUCUUUCCUUGUGUAACUUAUCUUGUAUCUUAGCAUGGAACUGAUCGCCUUUUUUCAGAAUCUCUUUCCAUAUAUCAUUAUGUUU